GAGGGAAGGGAGGGGGGAAAGUCAGAACUGAACAGGACUGGAAAGAGUGUGAGCUGCUCACAGUCUGUGUGCAAGGGGCAGCAGAUGGGAAUGGGAGAGAGGCAGAGGAGCCACAGCAGCUGAAAGAUUUAAACCUGUGACCACGGUAUUUGAUGCGAAGCAAGACUGGGGGUUCCUCCAACAUGUGGAAGUAAAACAAUUUCCACAUCAUGGACUGCUUCAGCCAGAGACAGAUUUAGGUUUUGCAGCUGAGGGGAGGCAUUCCCUGUCACGUUCUUAUUUGGAUAGAGAGGAAAUAUAAAAAUUAGGAGUUUAUAAGAUAAACUACGGAGGUGUGCUAAGUUCUAAAUGCAUCGGAUAACAAGCUGUACUGUUCCUCCAGCACAAAACACUGCUGUAGUGUUUAUGGAAGUUGAGACGUGGCGGCUUGGAAAAAUACUCCAAAUGACAACCAAGAACUUGAAUGUUCAACAAACAUUGCCUUCUGGAGCAGUUGACGUGGUGGAUGAAAAGAGGUUCCAGUCCCUCAGAAGUUGAGGACCCCUGCUAACAUUUCCCUCUGGAAAUAUAGAUCGUGUUGGGAUUAUUACCACCAGUGGACUUGGACCUUUUUUUUUUCUACUUUUUUUUUUUUUAAUUCACUGUAUGUCAGCUAUUACGCUUGGUUUGAACACGGCACAAAGGAUGAAGCAUCCUGUGCACUGAUCAGUCCUACCCUGUGUCCUUGCCAGUGGGACCCAGUGACCAUGCUGGCCGAGUGUCCAUCACCAGAAAGAUCAGAGACCCAACCAACGCUACAGCCUGCUGUAAGCUCUGCAGCACCAUGUCUCAAGCAGUCGCUGCUCCUCUACAGGCUAACAGCACACAGUCUGGAGAAGUGCCCGGGGCUCAGCUGAAAUGGGCUGCCUUGCUUAUUAUCAUGGUCAUCAUCCCAACAAUUGGAGGAAACAUCCUGGUCAUUCUCGCUGUGUCACUAGAAAGGAAGCUGCAAAACGCAACCAACUACUUUCUGAUGUCCCUUGCCAUGGCUGAUCUGUUGGUGGGACUCCUAGUGAUGCCCAUCGCUCUUGUCACUAUUCUCUACAACUCUGACUGGCCUCUUCCAGAGUCCCUCUGCCCCAUCUGGCUGUUCCUUGAUGUGCUGUUUUCUACAGCAUCCAUCAUGCACCUAUGUGCCAUUUCACUGGACCGCUACAUUGCCAUCAAGAAACCAAUCCAGCACAGCCAGUACAAAUCUAGAGCCAAAGCAAUGCUAAAAAUUGCACUUGUGUGGCUCAUAUCUAUAGGUAUUGCAAUCCCGAUCCCGAUUAAGGGGCUUAAGAACCAGUAUCAUCCCAACAACAUCACCUUCAACGGUAACCACACGUGCCUGCUGAAAACAGACACCUUCCGGGAGUUCAUCAUGUUUGGCUCCUUGGUGGCAUUCUUCAUCCCUCUGACCAUCAUGAUGGUCAUCUACCUUCUUACUGUUCAGGUGCUGCGCAAAAAGGUUUAUUUGCUUAAGUCAAAGGUGGCUCAGCGCUUUAACUACCAAACAGUCUCCACAGUUUUUAAAAGGGAACCGGCUUUUACUCUGCCUGAAGCUGCAGAGCUGAACAUGCUAGAUAACAACAUUUCAUGGAUGCGAGAAAAAACGAAUUCAGGAACAACACACUCUCCCACAGGAGAUGAAUUGUGCUUUCGGAGAAUGUCAACAAUGGGCAAGAAGUCGAUGCAGACUCUGAGCAAUGAGCAGCGCGCCUCAAAGGUGCUGGGCAUCGUCUUCCUCCUGUUCGUAGUCAUGUGGUGCCCUUUCUUUAUAACUAAUAUCACCUCUGUGCUUUGCACCAGCUGUGACGCACAUUUAAUUUCCCGACUGAUGGAAAUCUUUGUUUGGGUGGGUUAUGUGUCAUCGGGUAUCAACCCGCUGGUCUACACCUUAUUCAACAAAACAUUCAGGGAAGCGUUCACACGUUACAUUACCUGUAACUACAAGACCUGUGCUAAUCAUGAGCCAGGAAGGCACCCAUGGGCAGCAAGUACAGAUCGGACCUUUUCAAGGAUUUCAUUCAGAUCUUCCAUGGCAGAAAACUCUAAACUGUUCAUGAAGCGGGGAAUGAAAAAUGGAAUUGGAGCAGUGAGCUACCAAAGUCCCCUCAGGUGCCAGCAAGAACCUGUACAGUCACCCAGUGGUGUCAUGUUAGGCACAAUGCUUCUGACGGAGAAUGAAACCCAGAGGCAUGAGGAACAUGUUAGCUGUGUGUAGUAACGACAGACAAAAGAAUCCAGGUUAAAAAGGGAGAAAAUAUUUUAGAUUUACAAUGUCAGAGUUUUUUCUCAGUACAGACAAAAGGCUAGCCCCUCGACUAUUAUUAAAUAAAUACUAUCAAAAUACAAGAUGGCAAUCUGUUUUCGAUCUCAAUUUGAUUAACAAAUUCUGAAUACUGGUGCAAGGACAAUAUCUAACCUGCUGCUGUCUUAUUCUGCUGCUGUUUGUUUACAGCAGUCAUUUAUUUUAUAUGAGAGCAAAAGAGGACAAUGUUUUCAAAUAAAAUCUGAAAAAUAAAGACGUACAAAUUGCUCCUCAAUAAUAAAGACAACUAAACAAUAUUAGUAAUCAGUAGACAGCAAAAGGCUUGAGUUUCAAAUGCUAUAAAACUCUGAGAGUCAACGUUGAAACGUUCCCGUCACAGGACAAAAUGUUACGAGUGAAGACAAGAUGAUAACCUGGAAACUCUGAACACAGUAAAGAGUAUUUUUCUAUAUUGCUGCAUUGCUCUUGAAAAUCCUGAACAUGUCGUCAACAUUCUCAGACUCAGAAGCUUCUAUUUUUUUUAAUUCUACCUUUCAAAUCUCUCCUGCAGCAGAAACACAAUCUUUUGCACUUUUGAAACAAUAAUUCUUAUACAUGUUGGACCAUUGGAAAACACUCUUGCAUGUGUAUUGCAGCGUUAAUGUUUUGAUAUGUUUAAAAGUUUUGGAUUAAAAGACUGUAUAUAAGAAAGAACAAUAUGCAAAUCAAAUGGAAAUCUGAAAAUGUUUAAUAAAGUUGUUUCUUUGUUUCUGAACUGACAGAAAA